AUGGAUGCGAUGGUGGUGGAGAAGGGCUUAGCGGCGGAAGAGGAAGAUCAUCUUGAUCGGAGUACUAAUAAGGUUGAUCAGGUGGGGGGUUCGACGAGUGUUGUUCAGGAAACACCGGUAGGUUUGCAAGGGGCGGCUCGGGCAUCAAGUCAGGGUACUUUUCGAGAUAAGUUAUUGAAGGAAGGGUCGGAUGAGGACAUCGACGAGUCUAUUCCGUUCGUUUCGGUUGAUCGAGAGUUGAAGAAGGAGCUCCAUAAGCCCUGGAGAAAUUCCCUGAUCUUUAAGGUCCUGGGUAAAGCUAUUGUUUUUCCUUUCCUGCGUACGAGGUGGAAGCCUAAGUUUCGGCCUUCUAUGGAUUCUUUUGGUUUAACUCCUGUUUGGAUUCGGCUGCCCAAGUUGCCAAUUGAGUUUUUCCAAGAGAAGUUGCUUAUUCAAGUUGGAGAUUCUAUUGGGGGUAAAACUGCUGUUAACGGCGGUGAUGGGCCCUCUACGAAUAGAUUCAAUGUUCUCUAUGAGGAUGGUGAUGCGUCGAUGGAUGCGGGUGAGGAUAGGGAAGCGGAGGUUGCGACAUGGUCUCAGGGUGUUGUUGCUGGGGAUAAUGUUUUGCGGCAUAGAAAGUUGAUAGGGAAGGCUAAGGAGGGCCGAAGAUCAAAGAGAGUACGCCGGCCAAAGGCCCUUCGGUGGGGGCUAAAAAACACCGUUGCUUCUGGUAAGGUUGUGAAGGAUAAAGGGGGUGCGAAAGCCGUGUCUAAGACACUUGAGGGCUUGAAUCCUCUAGAUGUUGCAAAUCAUUUGGCACGUCCUGAGGAAUUGCUUAGUAGUAGUUUGUCUGGUGCUGCUGUUUCCUUUGGUUUUAGUGAGUAUUUGAAAUCAGCCCAUGUUGGGACAAGAGGUAUUGUUGGGAGUAAGUGUUUGAGAAACUGUAGGGAGUUGGUUAAACUUUACUCUCCUGAUGUUUUAUUUUUGUUGGAAACGAAGUGUCGUGAUAGGGAAGUUGCUAAGAAGUAUGUGUUGAGAUUGGGAUUUUCGGAUUUUGCAAUGGUGGAGUCUACUGGUUUGGCGGGUGGAAUAUUUCUUUUUUGGGACAAUCAGAAGGUGAAUUUGUCUGUACAACAUCUUGACUCGCAGUUUAUUCAUACAAAAAUUCUUUUGGAUCAGUCGUUGUCUUGGUUUUUAACGGGUGCUUAUGUUAGGCCUCAUUGUUCUCUGAAGGAGAAAUUUUGGACGGAUCUACAGCAGUUAGCACUUAGUAUUAAUUCUGCUUGGAUGGUUGUUGGUGAUUUUAAUGACAUUGCUUCGUUGGAUGAAAAGAAUGGAGGAGCUCGGUUUUGUGUUAACAGAGCUCAUUUGUUUGUUGAUCGUUUUGAGGCUUGUGGUUUAUUUGAUCUUGGUUCGAAUAUGACAUCUCCUCCUCCUAAGGAUAAACGUCCUUUCCGGUUUCAGGUUGCUUGGUUGACUCACGAGGAGUUCGAUAGUUGCUUCGAAGCUAGCUGGUUACGGGGGUUGGAUAUUUUGGGAUCUAUCAUUGCAAUGAUUGAGGAUGUUAAACGCUGGAGUGUGGAUUCAUUUGGCGAUAUUUUUAAAAGGAAGCCUGAGUUGGUGGCCAGGAUUAAUGGGAUUCAGAAUAGUCAGGCUUAUGGUUGUUCUUCCUUUCUAGAAGAGCUUGAGGUGGAGUUGCAACGGGAGUAUCGGGAAGUUUUGUAUCAGGAGGAACUUCUAUGGUAUCAGAAGUCUCGGAAGCAGUGGGUUAGGGAUGGGGAUCGAAAUACUAGAUUUUAUCAUUUAUCUACUUUGAUGCGGGGGUCCCGCAACAAGAUAGUUGGACUUAAGGUGAAUGACGUGUGGGUGACGGAUGAUGAGGUGCUCAAGGCUUAUGCACUGCAAUUUUAUGCUAAUCUAUUUUCUUUUAGAGAAUCUGUAGCUAUGGGCCUUAAAGCCCCCGGUCCUGAUGGUAUGCAGCCAUUGUUUUUUCAAAGGGAGUGGCUUAUUGUGAGGGAGAAACUAUUACUCUUUGUGAAUCAAGCUUUGAGUGAGGGUUUUUUUCCGCUUGAUCUUGCCAAAGCUUUAAUGACUUUGAUCCCAAAAUGUAAGAAUCCUCAAACUAUGGUUGAUUUUCGGCCUAUUAGUCUUCUCAAUACAACUUAUAAAGUGUUAUCUAAGUUGUUGGUUAGUCGACUUAGACCAUUGUUGCAAAAGCUGGUUGGUCCAUGGCAUAGUAGUUUUUUACCCGAGAGGGGCACUACAGAUAAUAUAAUUGCAAUGCAGGAGUUGGCUCAAAUUAUUCAGGAUCGAGUUCAUCGUAAGCAGUGGAAGCCUGUUAAGAUUGGUCGUAGAGGCCCUAGUCUCUCGCAUUUAUUCUUCGCAGAUGACUUAAUGCUGUUUGCUCAGGCAGAUGAGAACCAAUUAGGUGUGGUUAUGGAGUUUUUAAGGGAGUUUGCUUCGGCCUCAGGUCUUUCUAUGAGCUUGUCAAAGUCGAAGCUUUUUAUUUCUCCUAAUGUGGUUUCCCGGGUUGCUUCGAGGAUGAGUCAAGUUUGUGGCAUUCCUUUAACUCGAGAUUUGGGGCGUUAUUUGGGUGUUCCGGUGGUUCAUGGUAGAUCUUCCAGGUAUUUGUAUUUAUCUGUGGUGGAUAAGAUAAGAGGCAAAUUAACUGGUUGGAAACGUAAUUUGCUUUCCCGAGCUGGGAGGCGUACUUUAGCUCAGUCUGUGCUCAAUGCAAUUCCAGUUUACACAAUGCAAACAAUUUUUCUUCCAAUUAGUAUUUGUAAUUGGAUUGAUUGGAUUACAAGGAACUUUAUUUGGGGUGGAGAUGAGAACAGUUCUCAUGGUCAUUUGGUGCGUUGGAGUCAAGUGAGCUUACCAAAAUCUAGUGGAGGACUAGGCGUAAGGGCUGUUAGGGAGUCAAAUUUAUUACUUCUUGCUAAGGUUUCAGGAGGUUUUGGUCGCAAAUGGCUAGUUGGUGAUGGCCUGAAUGUAAACUUCUGGCUGGACUGGUGGGUGGGAGAGAGUCCGUUGUUGUAUUUCGCCAUUGUUGAUAACGUUGAUACGGCCCUACUUGUUGCUGAUUUUAUUGAUCCAGGUGGAUGGUGGCAUCUGCAGUCCCUCGCAAACUUGCUUCCUUGGGGUAAAAUUAGAGAAAUUAUGGCAAUCCCUCUUCCUAAAUUGAGACAGCGAUGCGAUGUGCGGUAUUGGACAGAUGUUUGGCGUUGUUGGCAAGGUGUUGGUUUGGACCUUUCCAACUUUUUUACUGCCAAUUUGAGUGAUUGGUUGAGUGAGAUUAUUUGUGAUUAUGUUCCCUGGUCUUCUCAAUUUGCUAUGACAGUGUGGUUAAUUUGGAAGAGCAGGAAUACUUUGAUUUUCCAGCAGUCUCAGGAUAAUCCUUCAAGAGUUUGGUUCAUAGCUCGUAAAUUGGCUAGAGAGGGAAGGAAACCGAAGUACGGAUUUCUUGGCCAAUUUGGUUAUUCUGGCCAGUUGGGGACUUCCAUCUUCUUGGAUCCCCCUCAUGGCAUUGGCUCACUAUUGGAGCAGGACUUUAAAGGGCCUCUGAUUGUGAGGAACUAG